AUGUAUGGAGCUGAGUCGACACCGCGUGCCAACCAAAAUCAUACGGAUUUGACAAACAUGCAACAAUUGACCGAAUAUGUUCAUAAUUACUUUGGUGCUACGAGUGGUAUCCUCAACCUUUUUACCAAGGCUGAGGUUCUUCAAAGUGUGCAAUAUCUAGCAAAUCCAGGCUCCCCAGAGCUACGCCAGCGCGCACCCGCUAUCUAUCUUAUUAUUGCUAUUGGCGCCCAAUGUGGAGCACGCAAUGAACUAGACAGUCGCUACGCCGCUGCGUACUUCCAUGCUGCAUACAGAGCAAUACCAGAUCUGCUCUUAGUCCCCAGCAUCAAUUCCACGACUGUGUCGCUCUUGAUGUCCUUCUACAUGCUUGCUGCUUACCGGAGAAACGCAGCAUAUAUGUACAUUGGUGUGGCAGCUAGAGCGGCCCAUUCGCUUGGGCUUCACCACCAGUCCUCUUAUGACACUGAAGAUAGAGAAGCCUCGAGACGGCUAUCGUUGUGGAAGAGCAUUUAUGUUCUGGAUCUUAUGGUCUGCUCCAUCCUUGGGAGACCGCCGGCGGUUGCCAUUACAGAACCCAGCGAUCAAGAGGUUGUGGCCAGGCUGGACGUCCCCCUUGACACAUGUUCCGUCGCUUUCGAGGCAGCAUUCAGAGCAGCAAAGAUCAUCGGGGAGACACUAAAUAAGAUGUAUCUUGAGAAGGCAGCUGGCACUCUCAAUGCUCAUCAUUUUCUAAAGCGCCUCACGGACUGGAGGCUCUCAUUGCCGGCAGAACUGCGCCGCACAGUCGACAUCCCCAUUCAACCUUUGUCCGAGCAGUCGGACCGCGAGAUUGCCAUCGCAAGCAUGAAUGUGGCGUGUUUUUAUUACUAUGCCGUCAUGCUAGUCUCGCGGCCAUUCUUAGUGUCCAACUCCAAUUCUGAGCUGAGGAAUCAGAGCGGUGGUCCGGUGGUAGGAAAGUCGUCAGCAAAUGACGAACUACAAUCCACAGGUCUUGACCAGCUGUCUAGAGUCUGUGUCGACUCAGCUGUGUACAUGAUUGAGGCGGUUUAUGAUACCAGCCAAACUGGCGCUCUGCUAUCCAAUACAUGCUUCAUCAAGGCAUGGGUCUUCGCAGCUGCAUUGGUGCUUGGCUUUUCCAUGUUCAUCGCACCGCGGACAAGCUUUACAAUAAAGAAUGAAUUCGACCUAGCCAUGGAGUUUCUACGUGAGGAAUCAGCCAUCAGUCCGUACGCCAAGCAAUACUACGGCAUUCUCAAAGACAUGACUGCCGUUAUACAGAACUGUCAUGAUCAAAUUGCCCAGCAGCGACGAAACUCGAAUAAAGAAUACAUCGAUCGGCUUCUUGACUUCCGGCAUGAUGGAUCUGACAUGCGUGAGCCAGGACAAGCACUCACCGAGGACGCACCCACUACCAGCCAGGAUCUUUCGUUCGACAAUGAGAACACCGGAUUCUUUUUGUCAGCCUGGGAUGAUGUGAUCAUGGAUAAUCUUGAAGCUCGUCACCCUGAGACCCAAGAGUUUCCCUGGUUAGAUCUAAUUUCUGGUGAUAUGAACCUCGACAAAGUAUGA